AUGAAUAAUCGAUCCAACGGUAAGAGUACUAUCCAAAAAAUGCUCGAUCAAAAUAGUAUGUUGAUUCAGGCUAUUGUCAGAUAUCAAAAUAGUGGCAGGGCAAAAGACGCUUUUCGAUACCAGCAACUUCUGCACAGGAAUUUAGUCUACUUGGCGUCGCUCGCAAACAACAAUCUUCUGCAGCAGCUCAACGAUAUGGUUGGUCUUGUUUUUGCUAUCUUCCAGUUGUUGGACAGAAAUUAA